AUGUUUACCCCUCUUGUAAAGCGUUUCAAGAGUCUUGUAACUCGCUCAGAUAUGUCAAUUAGAGAAAGAAUGAAAAACUGUGAUAUGGUUAAAUAUGCAUCCCAAAAUAAUAAUGUAGAGUUGUGUACUCCAGAAGAAUUAAAACUAACUGUAUAUGAUAUAAUACGCUCAAUAAAGGAUCCUGAAAAACCAUUUACUUUAGAAGAUUUAAAUGUUGUAUAUGAAGAUGGUGUUGAGGUUUCUAGAGGUUUGAAUGGAGAUCAAUCUGUAUAUCUCAUAACAGUUGAGUUUAAACCUACAGUUUCUCACUGUAAUCUAGCUACCUUGAUUGGACUUUGUAUUAAAGUGAAAUUGAAACAACACCUUCUUAUCAGACACAAGUUAACAAUCCAUGUAAAAGAAGGAUCACAUAUCACAGGAGAUGCCGUAAAUAAACAAAUAAACGAUAAGGAAAGAGUUGCAGCUGCUAUGGAAAAUAAUUCACUUAAAGAAAUGGUUGAAAAAUGCAUAGCAGACAUUGAUAAUUGA